AUGAUGAAUAUUGAUGCAGGUGUGGAUAGCAUGGAUAUAGACAUGGAGAAGCAGAAAGUGACAGUGAGAGGAUAUGUAGAGAAAAGGAAGGUAUUGAAAGUGGUGAGGAGAGUUGCUGAGUUGUGGGCAUUUCCUUAUGACUCUGAAUAUCACCCUUACGCUGCUACCUAUUUGGAUGAAUCCAACUUCGCCUCUUCCUAUAACUACUUCAUGCAUGGCUACAACGAGCCCACGCAUGGCUACUUCCCUCAACUUCCCUACUCCACCAUCAAUUAUCAUAUUAACGACAACGUCCAUGCCUGUUCCGUUAUGUGA